AUGUCCAGCUCACUUUUUGCUCUCGAACCUCGUAGAAUCCACGCCAAUUGCGCUAUCAUCAUCUUUCAGAACCUCGUCACAAUUCCACCGACGGUCGCAGCGGCUGCACCUCCGGCGGCUGGAGGAAUGGUGCUCGAGAUGCGUGCGAGCAGCACCUCCUCCACCGAUUCCAACGGCUUUCCCGUCAAAGAUCCGGACGCCAUCAAACUUUUCGUCGGACAGGUUCGUGCGGAGCUCUCGGAGCUCGUGAGCUAUAAAUCCAGAGAGCCUUAUUGUAUUUGAGGUUCAAAACGAGGUGAGAGUGUUUUGAAUGCACUUUUACAUCCUCAAUAUCUAGUCAAAAUGUGAGCUCCAUACUUGGAUUUUUUUUCGAGUUACGGGUGUCCCUUUUUCUUUUCGAACAAAAAAGUGUCGAAAAUCGAUGGGAGCUCCCUCUCUCUCUCUCUCUUUCUCUCUUCUUUGCAUAGCAGCAGCAUGGAAAGAGGAAGAAGAUGCACAAAUUGUGUGACAUUUGAGAAGAGAGAGAGAGAGAGAGAGAGAGAGAGAGAGAGAGAAAGAGAGAGAGAGAAAGAGAGAGAGAGAGAGAGAGAGAGAGAGAGAGAGAGAGAGAGAGAGAGAGAGAGAGAGAGAGAGAGAGAGAGAGAGAGAGAGAGAGAAAGAAAGAGAGAGAGAGAGAGAGAGAGAGAGAGAGAGAGAGAGAGAGAGAGAGAGAGAGAGAGAGAGAGAGAGAGAGAGAGAGAGAGAGAGAGAGAGAGAGAGAGAGAGAGAGAGAGAGAGAGAGAGAGAGAGAGAGAGAGAGAGAGAGAGAGAGAGAGAGAGAGAGAGAGAGAGAGAGAGAGAAAGAGAGAGAAAAAGAGAGAGAAAAAGAGAGAGAGAGAGAGAGAGAGAGAGAGAGAGAGAGAGAGAGAGAGGAAACGAGCAUCAAAAGUGACGUGUCCUAUUUACAGAUUCCGCGAAAUUUGGAAGAAAAGGAUUUGCGGCACUUGUUCGAGCAGUUUGGAAAAAUUUAUGAGUUCACAAUACUCAAAGACAAGUACACCGGUGAGUAACUGAAAUGGGACCAACUUUAGGGGACCAACUUACUGGGACCAGCUUUAGGGGGCCAACUGUAGGGGCAAACCAAAAGGGACCAACUUUAGGGGACUAACUUACUGGGACCAACUUUAGGGGACUAACUUACUGGGACCAACUUUAGAGGACCAACUUUAGGGGCAAACCCAAGAGAAUCAACCCAACGAUAUUAACCAAAAAGGACCAACUUACUGGGACCAACUUUAGAGGGCAAACAGAAAGGGACCAACGUAGUGGGACCAACUUUGGGGGACUAACCGAGUUGGGGGGGACCACUAGGCGAAAGGAAAAGGCGUGACCGGAAUCACGGUCCACUUCUUUUGUCCGAUUUUCGAAUUUGUUUUCCACAGGUAUGCACAAAGGCUGCGCAUUUCUCACCUACUGCCAUCGAGAGAGCGCCGUCCGGUGUCAGAGCACCCUCCACGAUCAGAAGACGCUUCCCGGGGUACGUUGUUUUUCGGCAAAGAAGCCGUUCGUUGAUCAUCUCUGAAAUCGUUCAGUUGGGGAAGCCAUGGAUCGGGGCGGCGUUUAGAAAUUUUCGAAUAACAAAACACCUGAGCGGUUCACCUGUUUUCGUUUGCUCUCAUUUCAUUUCCACCCCGAUAAUUGUCAUGGAAACGCGCUUACAUGUGCUCUUUUUGGAGCCCGUCGAAGCCAUCUUCGAAUCACGAGGAUUACGGUAAUACGAAUAGAGCAAUAGUGUGUGUGUGUGUGAAGCGAAAGUUUAUAAAAGAGACAAAUGCGCGAGCGCGCGCGCGCGCGAAUUCGAAUUUCGGAAAUUUGUGAUUGAAUUUUGCGAGCGCACACACACUGCCUGAAAUUGGAUUAGGUGCCCCCCUCCCCAGCACAGGACCCGCCACUUUUCGAGCCAUUUCGACACGUUUACGAGCCGAGAAAAGUUGUACCCAUUUCUAGUCAGCAACCACCCCCCUUAUUUUGUGAGUUUUGUACGAAUUUGACGAUUUUUAUACUUUAAUUCUUUGGUUUAGUUCGGGGGUUUUUGUGAAAUUUGACACGAGAAAUGCACAAAAAUCAACCGUCAAAAUUGUCGUCUUGAGCAGAAUUUGCCGCUCACCCAAUUUACGCCCUUCCCCGUUUUCAGAUGAACCGAGCGAUGCAAGUGAAGCCGGCGGAUACGGACAGUCGUCCGGCGAGUCCCAAAGACAAGAUGGACGACAAGAAGCUGUUCAUCGGAAUGCUUUCGAAGCAACAGAGCGAGGAUGACGUGCGCGCGCUUUUCGCCACUUUCGGCGAACUCGACGAGGUUCGUGCACAAUUUGUUCGCGAAGAGAAAUGCUCCAGGGGGGCUCGUUUAGCCGCCCGAAAAUGAUGAAUAGGCGGCCGGGGGAGCGCCCAUUUCCUAUUUCCGUCUAUAUAUGCGUAUUUGUAGUAUAUACUACUAUUUUUAAAGCCUCUUAAAUUGUGAGAAAGAGACCGUGUAUCAGAGUUGAGCGGAAGAACUCAACGGAAGUACACGGAAGAAUUUUUAUCUUUUUUAGACAAUUUUUUCAUGAAAUGUGAUCAACUGACGAAAUGUAUAGCAAAGUGAACCCGGCUCAUAGAAAAAUAAUUGUAAAUUUAGCGAUUCAUACAAAAAAGUUAAGGACUAGCCGAAGACGGAAGGACAUUUUCACGCAAAAACUCGAAUAACUUUUUUGUAUGAAUCGCUAAAUUUACAAUUAUUUUUCGAUGAGCAGAGUUCACUUUGCUCUACAUUUCGUCAGUUGAUCACAUUUCAUGAAAAAAUUUUCUAAAAAAUAUAAAAAUUCUUGCGUUGAGUUCUUCCGCUCAACUCUGCUACGCACACUAUUUGAGGGGAUUUUCUGCAAAUUGACUUCAGAAUACUCCAGCUUUGAUUUUUGAUCAUUUCCGCCUUCUUCUGAAGUCGAACUUCACAAAAAUGGGCUUGAUGUAUGUCUAGACUCUUGUCUUGACCUGGAGAAUUUAAAGGUGGUGUCCAACGUGACAUACAACAUAUUUUUAAAAUUAACUUCGAAGUGGGGCAUUCACUUUCCCGAAGUCCCGAAUUACGAAAAAAAUUCCCCGGAUUUUUGGUACCGAGAGAAGUACACGGCGAAAUGGAAGAGCUGGCCUAGAUUUUUCUAGUCCCCCGGAUGGAAUUCCCCUUUCUUCCGAUUUUUUUCCGUUUUCGUGUAAUCUUCUUAAAUUUUCAAUCGUUUUUUCACUGAGCACACUUAUUUGCAAUUUUUAAAAAAAUUUAUGAUUUUUUCUGUGCCGUGACGCCAAACAAAAAUCGAUAAUCAGAAACUUUCAAAAUUCUGCAAAAUUCAGAAAUUCUAAAACUUCUUGUAAAACUGAAAAUAGAAAGUUUUGGAUUUUUCGCAUUACUUUGAAAAAUAUAGCUUUCUGUAACUGGCAAACUUUAAUUUAGACUCAGGAAAUGAUUGAGCGAUCUCUUUCUAUUUAUUUUUCAGCUCGCAAACCGAAGAUUGAGCGAAAAACCCGGAAAAACAACAAAAAAAAGUUUCUGAUUAUCGAUUUUUUUGGCGUCACGGCACAGAAAAAGUCAUAAAUUUUUUUUAAAUAUUACAAAUAAGUGUGCUCAGUGAAAAAACGAUUGAAAAUUUAAGAAAAUUACACGAAAACGGAGAAAAUCGGAAAAAAGGGGAAUUCCAUCCGGGGACUAGAAAAAUCUAGGCCAGCUCUUCCAUUUCGCCGUGUACUUCUCUCGGUACCUUUUUUGAAAAAAAUCUUAAAAAUCGUGGAAUUUUUUUCGUAAUUCGUGACUUUGGGAAAGUAAAUGGUCCACUUUGAAGUUUAUUUUAAAAAUAUGUUGUAUGUCACGUUGGACACCACCUUUAAAAAUCGCACUAGUCUAUCCAAAAUUCGACUUCUAAAAGAGGAUCAAUGCCACCUCAAGUUCCUCCUUCGACAUUUUCCGCUUGCAGGUGACAGUGCUGCGCGGCGCGGACGGUGCUUCGAAAGGAUGCGCGUUCGUAAAGUACAAACACGGUCUCGACGCGCACAUGGCCAUUUCGGCGUUGCACGGAAGCCAAACGAUGCCCGGCGCGAGUUCUUCGCUCGUCGUCAAGUACGCGGACACGGAGCGCGAGCGCCAAAAUCGGCGGAUGCAACAGAUGGCCGCGCAGAUGGGCAUGCUCAAUCCGAUGUUGAUCAACCAGGUCGGACUUCAGUACAACGCCUACCAGCAGAUUCUCCAGCAGCAGGCGUUCACCGCCGCCGCCGCCCAGACUUCUGCGGCCAGCGCCGCCGCCUAUCCGCUUCUACUUCAGCAGCAGCAGCAGAAUCAGGCCGCUUCGGUUCGUUUUUUUUUGUACUAUGUAUUUCUUGUGGCGGAGAUGAAUAGAGCUGACACCAAAAGUGUAGACGCGUUUUCUGAAAAUUGUCGCAAUUCAAGCACACUUUUCCGCCAUUUUUGUGUUCGAUAUCGACAAAACACGGUCUCCAGAGCUGACAACAUGGGCGUUUUCAUGAAUUGAGCACGUUUUCUCUGAUUUUUGUGGUCAACGGCGAUGAAAUAUGAUUGUUCGACAUGAAAACACACUAUUUCUCAGAAUUAAUUACGUUUUGGCGCAUUUUCGGCGCAUUUCGCUUUUUCGCCUUCUCAUUUUGCACUUUCUUGACCGUUUUCCGACAGAAUUGGUUUUGAGAAUGAUAAAUCACGUAAAUACAAGCAUUUUGAGCGCUCGAACCGCGAAGACUACCGAAAAGCAACUGAAAUUCAAGCAGUUUUAGUCAAAAACCUUCAAACGAAUAAAUGUGAUGUGCGACUUGAUUAAAUUUAACGCUCUUGCGCUUAAAAAAUUCGUAAUAGCCUAUACAAUCGGUCUAUCGAAAGAAAAAUGAGAAAUUAUCGAUUUUUCGUGGCUAAUCUGGCAAAAAACACAAAUUUUGCUGUUAAAAUUUGAAUUUCGCGCCAAUUUAUCGCUCUAUUGGGCGGGGCGCACUUGCGCUCAUUGUAAGCUCUGGAGGUCGUGCGAAAGAAGACAUUUCUGAGAGAAAACAUUGAAAUUUUCGUGAAAACGCCGCGUUUGAGACGUUUUUUGGCAUCAUUCGCAAUACGCUCUCCGCGGCCAAUUUUGGAAUUUUCAUACCGGCCGAUGUGGAUAGUUUUGAGACGAAGUGAGUGUCGGAAGUGAUUAAGCACGUUAAUACAAGUAUUUUAAGCGUUCAAACGGCAAAAAGUGUCGGCGAAUGACUGAAAUUUGCGCAUUUUCAGCACAAAACUUGAAAAUCGAUUGAAUUGAUUCAUUCUCUGAACGAAACCUGCUCGUUUUAAGCUCAAAAAGUGCGCGGCGAUGAUUAGUUUAACAAAGUAAUGCAAUUAAAUCGUACAAAAUUUGGUUAAUUUUUGACGAAAAACAUGAAAAAUAGGGGGUUAAAUUUCGAAUUUCGCGCCAAAAUGGUGAUGGCGCCACGCCCCGUUUCUGGUGCCCAAAAUCGAACUCGAAACUCUUGCAGGACCAACUCCAAAUGCUGCAACUGCAAGCGGCCGCCGCCGCUGCACCGGUGCUCUCGCAGAGCCAACCUUUGGCGGCUCAACUCUCGCUGCAGGCUCAGGCGGCCCAAAACCCGCAUUACGCUCUUGCGGCACAGGCGCUCGCCGCCCAACAGGCUCAGCAACAGGCAGCGGCAGCGGCGGCCGCCCAUACUCAAGUUCAGGUGCAUCAGGUGAAUCAGACCGUCAACCCGGCCACGUCACAACAAGAUGCAAACUACGGAUUGGCGGCGGCGGCGGCUGCCGCCAACUACAACAAUUUGCUAGGCAUGGAGUCACAGCACAGUGAGUGUUUUUUUUUUUUUGAAUUCCUACUUAUUUUUCAGAUGCCGCGGCAGCCCUCCAACUUGCACAAAUUCAACAACAAGCGGCCGCCGCUUUGCCAAUGGUCACACCGAAAGAAGGUUGGUUUUUUUUUUUUUUCCUAAAUUUCAGACCCCCCGCCCCGCCCCCUCUUGUCCCUUUUUCCGAAAGUUUUUUUGAUGAUCGUUUGUUGUGCGGUCAUUUUGAUUUCUUGAUAUAUAUUAUAUAUAUAUAUAUAUAUAUCUAUAUUAAUAUUUCUUCUCUCCAGCUUGUGGUAGUGUUGAAAAGGUAAAAAGUGACGGGAAAAAAAAAGUGUUUUUACUUUUUUUUCAAUAUUGUGGUAUAUUGUCUUUUUCUGUCUUUUAGUGCUUGGUCCCGACGGCUGCAAUCUUUUCAUCUAUCAUCUGCCGCAAGAGUUUGGCGACGCGGAGCUCAUUCAAAUGUUCGCGCCGUUCGGCCACGUCGUGUCCGCCAAAGUGUUUGUCGACCGCGCCACUAAUCAGAGCAAGUGCUUCGGUUCGUGUUCUUCAAUCCCCAAUUUUUUUUUUCAUAGAUUCAUACAGGAUUAGCUAGUUUUACGGUACACCUACAAUAGCGGUCAACAAAACGCGACGAUCCACUUUGACGGCGUAUUGUGGAGUCGAGGAAUGUGUUAUAGCUCUCAAAUUUUUUUUGUGAAUAGUUCACGUCUAGUACUGUAUUUUUGUAGUUGAACACUUUUUGAUACGACCACUCCCUGGAGUACUGUAGCUCUUGGAAGUUGGCAAUGAAAUGCACACGUUGCAAAUGUGUUCUAACUUCCAUUGACUACAGUAAGCUUUGGAGUGGUUGCACAAAAAAGUUGUCAACUACAAAGUGAUAGUACGAAAUGUGAACUUUAUUUUUCUAGUUGACAACUUUUUUGUACAACCACUCCGAAGUUCACUGUAGCUCAGCGAAGUUAGGAUAAGAAUUAAUCCCACUGAAACUGGUUCCAACUUCCAAGAACUACAGUACUUUUAGGAUUGGCUGUAAAAAAAGUGUCCAACACACUUUUCGGCUCUACAAUACUCGUUCAAAGUUGCAGUGAAAACCAAAACGUUUUUUUUUGUCAACCGCUAUUGUACAUGUCUCUAAAUAUCAGCUUUUCUCCAUGUGAUUUGACUUUCCGGCACCACGUCAUCAACCCUAUUUCGUGCUUGUGAUUGAUCUGAUCCAUAUACAUAUAUAUAUGCUUCAAUGAUUAUUUUUCAAUAUUUUCCUGUCCAGUCUCUCUCUCUCUCUCUCUCUUCAUCUUUUUUCGUUUUUCGAUCACUAGCACGAAGUUGAGAAUACGUUGGUGUCUUCUGGUCGUCUAAUCAAUCAAUAUUCGUAGUUUUGAUGGCGUUCGGCGAAGAGGCGCUUUUUUUUCGCGAAUUUUGCGCCAAAACGUUUGUUUUAACGCGAAGAACUCGAAUUUCUCAACAUUUUGAGUCUAGCCCUUCUCCCAACGCCCCCCUCUCUAGCAGUUUCUAGUCAUCGGGCAUGUGUUCACACCUCCACUUUCAGGCUUCGUCUCCUACGACAACAUUCACUCGUCGCAGGCGGCCAUCGCCGCAAUGAACGGCUUUCAAAUCGGCAUGAAACGUCUCAAAGUGCAGCUGAAACGGCCGCGCAACGAUCGUCCCUAUUGA